AUGGAGGUUCAGCCCAAAACAAAGACCCCUAGGUACCUUCAAAAAAGAGCCAAAUCAAAACAGAAACUUCUGAGGGGAUAUAUUGGUCCAACUAAAUUUAAGGCCGAGCAGUCAGCUCAUAAUGUUAUUGCAACUGUUUUUGGAAAUGUCAAAGGAGUAAUCUUGUUAGAUUUUCACGAAGAACACAGGACAUCGUGGGAGCUGAUUACGAAGAAUACCAAGACUAAAAGAUUUGUGAAUUCAAUUGUGUCAUCCUUUUCAUUCAGACUAUUUGGACUCUUGCUGGUAUUUGUGGAUAUGUUUGUGGUCCUUACGGAUCUAAUUUUCAUUGGAAGCUCACUCAAUCUUUCUUGGAAAUUGCAUUCAAUUUCUUUAACUAUUGCUUCGUUUUUUCUUAUGGAUGUUCUUCUUCGAGUAUAUGUAGAAGGGAAACAACAGUAUUUUUCUGAUAUGUUUAACUCCUUAGAUGCCAUCGUUAUUGGUUUGACCCUUCUGGUUAAUAUUGUUUAUUGUCUUCAUGACUUUAAGGGUAUCACUAAUAUCCCCAGAUUGACAGUUUUAUUUCGAGCUCUACGAAUAAUCAUUCUGGUAAGAGUUUUUCAUCUGGCUUAUCAAAAAAGGCAUCUUGAAAGACUGACUAGAAAGAUGGUUUCAGGAAACAAAAGGCGAUAUGAGAGGGAUGGGUUUGACCUAGAUCUCACUUAUGUUACUGACCGCAUUAUUGCAAUGUCAUUUCCAUCUUCUGGCAAACAGUCUUUCUAUAGGAAUCCCAUUAAGGAAGUUGUACGGUUCCUGGAUACGAAACAUCGAGACCAUUAUAUGAUCUACAAUCUGUGCAGUGAAAGAGGCUAUGAUCCUGUGCACUUCCACCACAGGGUCCAUAGAAUCAUGGUUGAUGAUCACAAUGUGCCCUCUCUGAGUGAGAUGGUGACAUUCACAAAGGAAGUUGAAAAAUGGAUGGCUGAAGAUGAAGAAAACGUCGUAGUGAUUCACUGUAAAGGGGGGAAAGGGAGAACUGGAACUAUGAUUUGUGCCUGCCUCAUUGCUAGUGAAAAAUUUAAAACUGCAGAGGAAAGCCUGUAUUAUUUUGGAGUACGCCGCACAGAUAAAUCCACCAGCUCUAAAUUUCAGGGAGUAGAAACACCUUCACAGAGUAGAUAUGUUGGAUAUUUUGCCAAAGUGAAAAAUGACUAUCAGUGGUCUCUUCCUCCAAGAAAAUUCCUCUUUGUAAAACGUUUUGUUAUUCAUUCAAUUCAUGGUGUUGGGAAAGGUAAUGGGGAGGAUCUGAAAGUACAAAUAAUAAUGCAGAAAGAGAUCGUGUUUUCCUGUUCUGCUUCUAAAAACUGCAGGAUAUAUCAUGAUGCUGAAACAGACAGAGUAAUAAUUAAUCUAAUCAACUGUCCAAGUCUAAGUGAUGAUGUGAAAGUGAAAUUUCUUUCUUCUUCAGUAAGUAAUUUCUAUCCUGAUCUUCCUAGAUACUAUGACAACUGCCCAUUUUUCUUUUGGUUCCAUACAUCUUUUAUCCAAAAUUACAGACUUUAUCUUUCAAGAAAUGAAUUGGAUAAUCCCCAUAAAUCAAAAACAUGGAAAACUUACCGACCAGAGUUUGCGGUAGAAGUAUAUUUUGAAUGA